AUGAAUAUCGUUGCUAAGCAGUACACAUUUGCAAUCACGAUGAAUUACUUGUGUUCAAAUGCAGGACAACAUGUUGCUCUUGGCCAUGCUGAUAAACACGUCUUGGCUAGUGAAGGUGCCGAUAAUUAUUUGAUGAAUUUCUAUAUAACCCAAAAUUCAAGUACUUAUCGACCACCGGGUGUACGACCAACAUCAAAUCUUCUUGGAGAUAAAUCAUUGACAACAGAAAAUUUGUUUACAAAAAAACUGGUAGACGAGAGAAAGAAAACAGGUUAUGUCAGUAAUGAAAGAUAUUAUUUACCAUAUACACGUUCACUCGAUGAAUUGGACAAUCCAAUAUUAGGCCGUAUGUGUACAGAUAAUUAUGUCACUUCUCAUCAGACACAUUAUCAACCGUAUGAAUUACCGAAUGGUACAGAAUCUAUGCCACCGAAUAUUGCCAACCAAACAUCUGGAUUUUUUCGUGAACGUGCCGUGCAUAUUCCCAAUUCAUUUGUUCCACCAGUUGGCGGCAAGGAAGAUACAACAUAUGGAAAUGAUUUUAGUAGACCAGCUCAAACUGAACCAGUAAUUGUCGGUCAAGUUGGUCCAAAAGAACGAUCUGGAUUUGUUUCCAACACCGAAGUCGACCCAUUAACAACAACCGUAGGAGAACGAUGGCAUUAUCGCUCAAGACCAACAGGUUCCACUGAAUAUAAAGAUAAAUUCCCACAAUAUGACUACCCAAAAGGAGACGAUCCUUUACUUACAGUUAUUGAUCCUCAUACGAAACCAUCGUCUGAUCGUAUUAUCAACAACUUCGUUUUACCAACAAAUGAAGGACCUUACGCGGGUGGUAGAUUCGCACCUGAUUCAACGGAAUACCGAAAGCAUUAUCUUGGUAAAGGAUUUUUACCCGAAAAGAUGGGCCAUCUAGAAGUCGGACCGAAAGAAACGACAGGUCCAGUACGAAAUGAACAUGGUUUCACUCAAACGUUCGAUGAUCCACGCCGAUUUAUUACCACAUAUCAAAUGAAUCAUUUUGACAUGAAUCCAAAAGGACGUGAUCGUGAAGGUUAUGUUGUUGGUGGUGUACAAAAACCGCGAACAAACGGUUUUACCGACGAUACCAAAAUAUCCAAACCAUUCGAUAACUAUCGCGAUGAACGUCUUACGCGCUAUCAUCUUGAUCCAUAUCAAGUCAGGAGUUUACGAGCGCGUGAUCCGUUCUUUGAUGACUCAACACAUGAUAAUAAAGGUCAUAUUCAAAAGCCUACUGAAAUGUUUUAA